GAGUCGCUCCCCCGGCGCCAGUCGGACCUGUAUGGCCCCAUCGACCGCCAUGUCGGCCCUGAGUGCUGCUCUGAAAAGCGAAGACCUCUCCCCUCGCACCAUCCUCAUCCACGGCAGCGAAAUGCAGACCAGCCUGAGCCCCGCGGAGGAAACGGGCAAGCCCAAAGUCGCCAUUCUCCCCUUCAGCGUGGAGGCGCUGAUGGCCGAUCGGAAGCCCAGCAGAGAGGUUCCGUCUCCGGACGCGGCGGCCGGGACGUCCCAGGUUCUGCAGGGGAAGGGCGCGCGCAUGGGCUCUUUCGGAGGUCUGGACACUUCCGUCCCCGCUCUGCCCAUGAGCACUCCGUUUUCAGUGGGCGAGAUAAUGAACAUGUCAGAGGAGGCGCUGAUCAAACCUGAGAGCCCGGACGGUAAAGAGAGGACUUCAUGGAUACAGAAUCCACGUUUUUCUCCCACGCCGCCAAGGCGACUGAGUCCUCCUGCCUGUCCGCUGCGCAAACACAAGACCAACAGAAAGCCCCGGACCCCCUUCACCACGUCCCAGCUCCUGGCCCUGGAGAGAAAGUUCCGGCAGAAGCAGUACCUGUCCAUCGCCGAGCGCGCGGAGUUCUCCAGCUCCCUCAACCUCACAGAGACCCAGGUCAAGAUCUGGUUCCAGAACCGGAGGGCCAAGGCCAAGCGCCUGCAGGAGGCAGAGCUGGAGAAACUGAAAAUGGCAGCCAAGCCGAUGCUGCCGCCGGCCUUCGGGAUUUCCUUUCCCCUCGGUGCUCACGUGCCCGCGUCCUACGCGGGCUCGCACCCGUUCCAGAGGCACUCUCUGCCCGUGUCUCCGGUGGGACUGUACGCCGCGCACGUGGGAUACAGCAUGUACCAUCUGGCCUGACCGGGACACUGGACAGGAGGGGGUUUGGACUACGCUCCGGGGGCCCCGGGAGGUUCAGGGGCACGCGGGGCCGGACCAGCUCUAGACCCGGCCCUAAAGACGCGUCCUGGCGGGGAGGUCAGUGUCACAUCUGGUCAGAGGGCCAAGGCCUCCUAACGGACCCCCCUUCUGAGGGAACCUUGAAGUUUAUCCGCCUCUACUGACCCCUCUAGUAAGUUCACACUCCGCAAAAAAAAAAGAAAAGAACCCGCAGCCUUAUCAGUCAUUUAAUCUGAAGUCUUAAAUAUGGAAUGUAAAACAAACGAAAGUAUUAUUUCAGAGAAACAAGAUGACCGGGGAGACUAAAUUACUUUAAGAUGGAGUUUUUUUUGUUGCGGACAGA